UAUUUCUAUGUUUACUAUUUUUGUCAGUUGAAUGUUUGCUUGUAUUCGAAAACUACUUUUUAAAAUGUCUGAUUCAAACAAUCAACGGGUAAUCCGUUCUGGUAAGAAAACAAAAGCUGAUAAAAAAAAAUUAACUACUAAAUCUGUUGAAGAAGAAACUGAAAUCCCAUCACAAGAUUUAGAAUCUAAAAAAACAUCAAGAAAACGUGAACCUGUUGAAAAAGAAACUGAAAUCCCAUCACAAGAUUUAGAAUCCAAAAAAUCAUCAAGAAAACGUAAACCUGUUGAAAAAAAAACCGAAGUUCAAUUACAAGAUUUAGAAUCUAAAAAAUCAUCAAGAAAACGUGAACCUGUUGAAAAAGAAACCGAAGUUCAAUCACAAGAUUUAGAAUCCAAAAAAACAUCAAGAAAACGUAAACCUGUUGAAAUAAAAUAUGAGGAAUCUGGUGGUGAGAAAUCAAGUACCUGGUCGCCGAAGAACUGGCAAGAAACAUGGGACCUGAUAAAAGAAAUGAAAGUAAUUAACCCACAGGCAGAAGAGCAAUUGGACGCUUACAUAAACUCAGAUCCUAAAAUAGCACCCGAAGUUCGUCGGUAUCAAUCACUAAUUGCUGUAAUGAUGAGUACUUUGACAAGAGAUCAGUUGAUUUAUCCAGUAGUCAAGCGGCUGAGAGAACAUGGGUUCAAUCCAAAAAAAAUUAUUGAUACGUCUGAUGAAGACCUGGGUCAGCUGAUUCGUCCAGUCAGUUUUGUCAAGAGGAAGGUGCAGUUCAUAAAACAAACAACUGGGAUUUUGAUCGAGAAAUACAAUGGAGACAUUCCUCGUAACAUCAAAGAACUUUGUAGUCUUCCGGGCGUGGGUCCUAAGGUAGGACAUCUCGCGAUGUUGUCUGCCUGGAAUGAAGUAUCAGGAAUAGGAGUCGAUACCCACGUCCACAGAGUCUGCAACCGUCUGCACUGGGUUAAAAAACCUACAACCAUUCCCGAGGAAACGAGAAAACAAUUGGAGUCCUGGUUACCCCGAGACUUGUGGUCUGAAAUAAAUUUUCUGUUCGUUGGUUUCGGGCAGAAUGUUUGCUUGGGUCAAAACCCAAAGUGCGAUCAAUGUCUACUCAACAAAUCCUGCCCUUCUGCUAUCAAAAGUCCAACUAAAAAUAAGAAAGUUAAGAAAUAAAAUUUGUGUAUUAAAAAUAAACGAAAAAAAUCUAUUUUGAAUAAAAAAAAUACAUGUA